CUAUUCCUCCCACUGACACUAAUGAUGGAGCACUAUUCCUCCCACUGACACCAAUGAUGGGGCACUAUUCCUCCCACUGACACCAAUGAUGGGGCACGAUUCCUCCCACUGACACCAAUGAUGGGGCAACUAUUCCUCCCACUGACACCAAUGAUGGGCACGAUUCCUCCCACUGACACCAAUGAUGGGGCACUAUUCCUCCCACUGACUAAUGAUGGGGCACUAUUCCUCCCACUGACACUAAUGAUGGGACACUAUUCCUCACACACUGACACUAAUGAUGGGGCAUCCUCAUUGGUGUCAGUGGGAGGAAUAGUGUCCCAUCAUUGGUAAUCAGUUGGAGGAAUAGUGCCCCAUCAUUGGUAUCAUUGGAGGAAUAGUGCCCCAUCAUUGGUAUCAAUCCUGGG